UAAUGAGACAAAAGCCACAAUCUGUACACCUUCAGAUGUAGUGAUGUAUCAUGUAGAUAAAUAAAUGUUUUUCCCAUGCUGCCGUCACACGAUUUUACUUUCUAUUGUUGUCAUUCUGAUACCAGAACUGUCUGGAGAUGUCAAAGAUUAAUAAGAAUAAAAUAUCUGAGAAAGCUGGGUUGGAAUAAUCCUCCAAAUUGUAAUUGAACUAAAGCAUGACUUCUAGAUGUAUUAAUUUAAGAUCUCAUUUUAGAAAACCAGGAAGCCAGAAACUCAAGUAUAGUAUUAAUAUGCUAAUUAGAAAUAAACCUACACUGCAAAUUCUCCAUUUUAUCUGAGAGGAUACUCUGUGUUAAACCACAUGGCAAAAAACUAGCGCUAAAAUAUUAUCACUAGAUCGACUCUGUGCGUUAUUAUGGCUUCAUAUCAGCACCGGUGUGUGUUUUGUUUUUGUUUUUAUGUUUUGUUAAUCAGCUGUCAGUGGCAGUUCACCUCAUUUGUACCAAGUUGAGGCAUAUCAGAUAAGGACUUCUUCCUGGAAGAGUACUGUUGAAGCAGUAUUCAGGCUUUGUGGAAACAUGAGAUUGACUUAAUCCAACUAUGUUUAGGGUCAUAAAAUGCUUGUUGGUAGAAUGCAGUAUCAUUUAUCUUUUUGAGUGUUGUUUAAAUGUACAGUAAGUUAAUUCAAGUUAGAGAGAAAUUGUUAAAAAAAUCUAAUUAAGAAUUCCUGACAUUCCUGGCAUAGUGUUAUAUUGUAAAAAUUGGUGAGGUUGCUAAAGCAUCGGAUUUAAAUGUACAACAUCACGAGGCAAGGUUAAUUUAAUUCUCAUAUAGGGUAUAACAAGACCGGCAUUUUCAUUAAAAGCUAUUUUUACAUUAUAUAUUAAUAUGAAAAGAAGGCUUUAGUUUCGUAUAGUUUUGUGCUUAUUCAAAUCCUGAGUAAAUCCAUCCCUUCUUUUGCAUGCUGCACUAGUGAUAUAGUGUUCUAAUAGAUUAAAACCUCAAGACACGAACGUGUUGCAUUUGUGGGUGUCAUAUGAAAGUGUGACCUUAACAAUUCUAACUGCAUGGCUUCCCUGAAGUCUACUGAUCUGUCAUGAGAUCAGAAAAACUUUAAACUCUCAGUCACAUACAUGUGCUUGUGACCUUGUGAUUUGAGGUUGUACACUUUAUCAGACAAAAAAAAAAAGCAAUUCCUGUUAAUGGACUGAUUUUUUGCCAGUGAAUCGCCACAGAUCUUUGUCGUCCCCAGAAAGUGCAGGCUGUUGCCAAACCAGCGUUUCACAGCUCAAGCUCGUCACAAUUUCCUGUGUGGUGUGCAACUUGUCAUUUUGAGCAGGUGGAGCUCAUACUCUCACACUCUUCUGGUACUUAAAUCACAGAGCAAAUAAACAGACCAAGUAAUCCAAAUGUCAAACCCAGUGGUCACCCAUCAACCAGGUGCUGGCGGCUAUGGGACUAAUGUUCAAACAGGAGAGUGGAGCACAGGCUUGUGUGCCUGCUGCAGUGACUGUUUGGUCUGUGCCGUCGGUUGUUUUUGUCCACUGGCACUGAGCUGCUACACAGCAAAUAAGUAUGGUGAAAACUGCUGUUUGGGUUGCGUGCCUGGAGGCUUAACAGCCAUGAGGACUCACAUGAGAUUAACCUAUGGUAUUCAGGGAACAAUAUGUAACGACGCCUUGAUGAUCUUCUUCUGUGGACAUUGUGAAAUGUGCAGGAUGGCAAGAGAAAUCCGCAUCAGGAAUGGAGAGAUUUCACAGUAACAAGAGUUUUUCAUGAUGCUCAGCUAUUGUGGAAGUAACUUGUUUACCCAUGGAGCUUUCAUGCAAACCAAAAAAAGCAUUUAAUGAAGUAUGCAUUUAUGUGUGUAUUAAAUCUUUGGCCCUAACUUGCAAGAGCAAUUGUGUAUUAUUGUAAAUAAAGUGCAUUUUCAACAGGCAUCACAUUUUUUGAACAACUUUUUGAAAUUUGAUGGCUCACCUUAUAUCAUUUAUUUCUCAACGUAAGAGUUAUGCAACUAAAAACGUCCAAAAAAGCUUCUAGAAAAGAUUGUUGGGUAUUAUCGUAAAUCAGUUGUGAGCAGCUGAGUAAAAGGUUGAUCUUCCUUAUGAAUUAUAAUAUCGUUAUAAUUGUCAUAUAAGUCGAAUUGUACUGGUUAGAAUGCUUAGACUUGCCAUGAAACCACUGGUUUGCAUUAUAUUAUAUAUAAUUAUAUAAUAUGUAUGACUACAUGGUGAAAAAUGGUCCAUCUAUCUCUAAUCAGUGAGCUUCUAAUUUACAACGCGGUUGUACCUCGUCUAAUCCCGCCCCUUUCUUUUACGUAUUUACUACAUAGGGCUCUGAUUGGCUAUUUAUUUCGUGGCCUGGCAACCAGAAGCGGCUUUACCAAACAGACAGACUACCCACCAGCUAAAACAUUCGAGCUAGCUGUUUUGUCUGGAAAGAUUCAGCUGUUCAAAUUCCAUCAUGUCUUCAAGGACUCUGCCGCUGCUUUUCAUUAAUCUCGGCGGGGAAAUGUUGUACAUCCUAGACCAGCGUCUCCGAGCUCAGAAUAUCCCUGCUGACAAAGCUAAGAAAGUUUCCACAAUACCUGGCUGGAUAGAGGCGGACAGAAAGAGAGUUAUGAAUGACAUCAUCACCACCAUGUUUAACAAAAAGUUCCUGGAGGAGCUUUUUAAGCCACAGGAGCUUUAUUCCAAGAAGGCCCUACGGACCGUGUUUGACAGGUUGGCCCACGCAUCCAUAAUGAGACUCAAUCAAGCUAGUAUGGACAAGCUCUAUGACUUGAUGACCAUGGCUUUCAAGUAUCAGGUGCUUCUCUGUCCACGACCUAAGGACAUCCUCCUUGUGUCCUUCAACCACAUGGAUGCAAUCAAAGACUUUGUGAAAGAUACUCCCAGCAUUCUCAGCCAGGUUGAUGAGACUUACCGACAGCUGAUAGAGAUGUAUACGCCUUUGUCCAGUGGUGAAUUCCAGCUGAUUAGACAAACUCUUCUUAUCUUCUUUCAAGACAUGCAUAUAAGGGUUUCUAUUUUCCUCAAGGACAAAGUGCAGAAUUCAAAUGGCCGCUUUGUUCUUCCCACCAGUGGUCCUGUGCCCCAUGGCACUCAAGUCCCUGGCUUGAUAAGGAUGUUCAGCUGUACAGGUGAGGAAUUCACCAGGCUGAAGUUCAAUAAUGGAGGGAACUAUACCACUGCACUCCGUGAAGGCUCUUUUGACAUCUUUGGUGAUAGAGUCACAAAACUGGGCACAAACAUGUACAGUGUAAGUCGCCCAGUGGAAACUCACAUGUCUGGCACAUCUAAAAAUUCUGCUCAGCAUACAAAGGUCAGCGCUGCUCCAAACCCUCUGGCCAAAGAGGAACUGAACCUGCUGGCCAGGUUAAUGGGAGGGUUAGAAGUUCAGAAACCAGGAAACGCAGACACUGGCUUCCGAAUUAGCCUCUUUGCUACUGACGAAGAAGAAGAAGAGGCAUUAAUAUCAAGACCCGAUGAGCUUUCAUAUGGAGUCAUAAACAUCCAAGCAACCAAGGACCAGCAAGCCAAUGCAGAGUUGGCCAAGAUCAUGGGUGAAUUUACAGAGUCAGGAGAUCAGUCUCCCAGUGUCAGCAACAAAGGGGACGACCUUCUGGCCAUGAUGGACGGUUUGUGACAUGGUCACAGUGACAGAAAUGGCCAGGGAUUGGGAACAUUGCGUUGUCAACAGUCCGCACUACUAAAGACCAGUCUGCUUUCCAUACCUGCAAAUGCACUACAGCAGAAUCGCAUGCAGCCAGAAAAACUGCUUGUUCAAGUGCUUUUACAAAGCAGGUGUGAGCAGUUUUGUUGUCAGACGAUCAGCUGCAUAUUUGCAUUCAAGAACAAAGAAUGUGUGGUGAGGCAAGCAUUAAGCUGUAAUAGUAUGUUUGCUGUAAACACAAAGGUAUUUCGGUUCAAUGUACAGUUGGCUUAUUGUAUAUUAGUUUAUUGACCAUGUGAUAAUAGCAAAACAAGUGUUUAUACAGUGUAAUAUCUUGCAGCUUUUAUUCUAUUCUAUGUAAUAUUCUUUAAAUUAUUUUAACAGUUGCAAUGACCGAACAGUUUGAGUCAAUUUUCAGACUGAGUCCACAGUUUGGUGCUUCUUUAUUUCUAAUUAUUCCCCUUUUGAAUUGUAUCUUAAUUUACACCAUCCAGAGAAGAAGUUUGUGAAUUCUUCUGUUCUAAUGAACAAGUGACUACGUGAUGAGAGAACUGGAGGAAACCCAAGUGCUCUUUUUCAGUGUGACAUGAAUUCUUUAGAGUCUUUAUUUGGUAACAAAUGUGUUUAUCAUACUGUUCUACCUUAAAAGAGUCUGAGGAGCAACUUGUAAGACAUAUUCCAUUAUCCUGUGAUGUGUAUGUAAAGUAUAGAAAUAAGAUAAGAUAGAACUUUAUUAAUCCCUCAGGUGGGUUCCUCUGGGAAAUUCGAUUUCCACAAAAAAGCACAGCAAUGACCGAAGUUACAGUUACAGAAUUGUU